AAAUUCAUAUUACCAGGCAAGGGAUGGUAUGGUAGCAUCAGUAGUUGAGCUUUGCUUGAAGCCGAAGGAGCAACGAAAAGUAGAUGGCCAGUGAGCUUCGUGGCCAAGAAGCAUUCCACACGUAAGCAAACAAACUCAGUUAAUGCCUUGCGCCUCUUGCAGUCUUGCUUAAGCUUCGGCGAUGUCGCAGAAGAGACGCCCCGAAGAUGGCAAGGCUAAAUCAGAGAGCAGCAGUCCGGAGGAUAAGCGCAGAAAGGUUCCCCCCUUUUCCAGUGUGGUGGAGGUGAUGAAAUUAAACAAUGUCCGAAAUUGGCUGGAGCCAACGCUAGAGCCCUUCCUUCGUCGAGUGGUUAAGGAAGAAGUUGAAUCAGCCCUAAACAGACAUUUAACGAGCAUGAAACAGGCAUGUGAGGAGGUUCUAACUCCUGAAUCCAGGAAUUUGCAGCUGCAGUUUGAAAACAAUAUUUCUCCUCCGAUCUUUACGGGGGCUCGAAUUGAGGGGGAAGAUGGCUCCAAUUUAAGGAUAAGUUUAUUUGAUUCGUUGACAGGACAGGUUGUUAGUUCAGGGCCUGAGUCUGCAGCUAAGGUGGAAAUUGUAGUACUUGAGGGUGAUUUUGAAGACAGAAGUGACAUUUGGAUGCCUGAAGAGUUUAAGAGCAACAUCGUAAAAGAGAGAGAUGGAAAAAAGCCUCUUCUUACGGGAGAAGUAUUUUUGGAUCUUAAAGAUGGGAUCGGUGCAGUGGGUGAAAUUUCAUUUACAGAUAAUUCAAGCUGGACAAGGAGCCGGAAGUUCAAGCUAGGAGCUAGAGUUGUAAAUAACUUUGAUGGAUUUAGAAUAAAAGAAGCAAAGACAGACUCAUUUAUUGUCAGGGAUCACCGAGGGGAAUUGUACAAGAAACACCACCCUCCUAGUCUGUCUGAUGAAGUCUGGAGAUUAGAAAAGAUUGGCAAGGACGGAGCUUUCCAUAAGCGGCUGAGUCUGGAGAGGAUCAAUACUGUAGAAGAUUUUCUCACACAUCUCAACCUAGACCCAGCAAAGCUACGCAGUAUACUGGGGACAGGAAUGUCUACAAAAAUGUGGGAAGCAACAGUGGAGCAUGCUCGAACAUGUGUGCUCGAUACGCGGAGAUUUUUGUACUUCCCUUCUCAUUCUGAACCAAAAACUGGUGCGGUCUUUAAUGCUGUUGGACAAGUGACGGGACUGCUCUCUGAAAGCCAGUAUGUCCCUGUAGAUAAGCUGUCUGAAACUGAAAAGGCUGAUGCUCAAAGCUCAGUAAGUUCAGCAAUUCAACAAAAGGAGGAAUUUGACUCUUUCAAUGAUGAAGCCUCUCUAAUGGAGGGGUGUACAUCCUUAGACAAUGUACCUUCCUCCUCAUACUCACCCAGAUCAGAUGGAUUUAGUGCCCACAAGCUUAUGUCUUCUCCGAAGACUGAUCGAUUUGAUUACUUCCAAGGGAGCGGCCCUACUCCGGAUAUUUUGUCAUCUGUGUACCCUGUGGGAGCCAGUGGCUUUGAUGAAUACCUGUUGCCCAUCAGCGACAGCAUGAAUUUUAGAUAUGACCAAACACUUGGUUUUCCAGUCCAAACCUCUAAUCCUUUCAUUGGUGAAACAGAUACCAUGUCUAAUGUCUUCGAUGACCAGGCUCAUCAUUUCUUUGAUACUGAUAUUCGCCCUCCACGUAUGGAUAAGCAAGCAGAAGUAACGAGUGCUCAGAAGAGAUGGAGAAUGCUAUUCAAUGUCCUAAAAUGGCUCCCAUUGAGAAAAAAGAAGCCAGGAUUGAGAAGCUGAACACUGCAGGAAUGGAUCUGUGUUCUAACAUGAGCAAACUGGCUGUGUUCAUGAUUGCCGCCUCAAAAGGCAAAUAACAAAAGGAUGUAAAUUGUUGAGAAAGUACAGAUGUAAAUACACAUUCGAUGACCUUGGCUGUCAUAUAUCUUGCCCGAGGUCAUUGAACUGCUUUCCUUUCAUUGUACAUGCUUAGUGUUAUACAGUGAGGCGGUGGUUUCUGGUUGUUGAGGAGGUGCUUAGACUAGCGGAAGCUAUCCUGGCGAUUCAGUGGCUUCUAUGCCGAAUCAUAAUUUUGUAAGCAAGCUUCUACCAAUAAGAUCAUUCACUCUGGACAACAUACAUCAGAGCUCGUGUGUUUCUUGGGACAAAGCCGUUUUUUUUCAUUCAUCAUAGCUUAUGCACAUCAAAUAUAUGCUUUUGGUGCCAGCAUUCAGUUGUUAA